AUGCUGCGGUCAAUACUGCGUCCAGCGCGGCCGCCAGGGUCAUUGUCGAGGCUGGCGGUGCGUCCAUUCGAGCCGCAUGCGGCAAGUCGACCGCUGGGACGGCGCUUGGUAUCGUCCAGCGCCGCUUUCGCCGAGGAGGCGAGUACAUCUUCAGCACCCACGCCAACCGCAACGGUAGUGAAGGAUGGCUUUGUUCCACGCAGCACAUUCGCCUUGCCAUCGACUACGCCGUCAUGGUACGCUGGCCACAUGGCGCGGGCGAUCCGCUCGAUGCCGUACCUCCUGGCGCGCUACCCCCCUCCGCUCGUGAUCGAAGCGCGCGAUGCACGUCUGCCGCUCACAUCGAUCAACCCGGUCUUCGAGCAGCUGCUGCGACGCGCACCCACAGCCAACGAAGGACUCGAUACCGACACGGGCGUGUCGACAUGGCGCACCCGCCGGCUCAUCGUCUAUCUCAAGCGCGAUCUCAUCCAUCCCUCGGUCGAAGCGAGCAUCACAGAGGCAUUGCGCGAACAGGAUCCGCUCCAGCACGUCAUCUUUGUUGACUCUCGAGUGGAUGCCGAUGUGAAGAAGGUCUUGCAUUGGGUGGAGCGUCAGGCACGAAAGAUCGAUCGAGACCAAGAGGCGAGUGCGCCACCGCAGGUGUCGGAAAAAGCAGCACGACGCGCAAAAAAGGGGCUCAGUGGGGCGUUUCGCCACACACCUACGCCGGAAGAGGGCGUAAGACUGUUGAUUCUCGGCAUGCCCAAUGUGGGCAAGAGCAGCUUGUUGAAUGCGCUGCGCAGAGUGGGUACAGGCAAGGGAAAGGCAGCCAGUACCGCUCCGCAUCCAGGACAUACUCGCAAGCUCACGGGUACCGUAAGGAUCAGCAAGGCCGGCCCCACCAAACAGCCUCCCGAACCUCCUGCGCCGUCUCGACGCGGCGCCAAUCGAGCCCGUUCCGACCAAGACGAAGAUACAGCGGACACGGCGGGUGAAAGUGCAUUCAUGCUCUCCACGCAAGAAUCCACCCCGGCGGAAGGGGAAAAGAAGCGCGGUGUACCGAUCUACGUGUACGACACGCCGGGUGUGAUGGUGCCCUUCCUGGGUCACGGUUCCGCCGGUGCCGAGCGCGGCAUCAAGCUCGCCAUCACUGCAGGCAUCAAGGAUUCGCUAUUCGACGUGCAGCUCCUCGCCGACUAUCUGCUGUACCGUCUCAACUUGCGUCCCUCGCAACCGGAUAGCUUGCCAUCGUACGUGCAGAAUUUGCCGCUUUCGAUGGGCGACUACGUUGCGACGUGCGACGAUGCUCAGGGCAGGACGAACUCGAUCUCCGAGCUGCUGUGGCAUGUCGCCGGCAAAGCCCCGGGUUCGCUUCGCAAGGGUAAUGUACGCGACCUCGAUGCAGCAGCCCAGUUCAUGCUGCAGCAUUGGAGGACCGGAAAGCUCGAUGCGAAUACCGAGCUGGAUCUCAACACUACCGAUCAUGACACUAUCCGGCAGCGGGUGAAGGGGUUCUUUGAAACGGGCCUGCUUGGCGAUUCGGGUGUGGUUACCGAUAAGACACUCGAUCCCAUCCCCAACGAAAGUGACGAUGGGAAGGUGAGGGGGGAAAGCAAGAAUCAGGAACGCAAACGCGUCAAGAAGGCCGAGGUGCUGCAGCGCAAACACAAGCUCAUGGCCAAAGGUAUUGCGGUGGGCGCCAAACCCAAGCACAAGCGAAAGUCCAAGUGA